UCUUUACCAGACUGCAACAUAGGAAACGUGUAAGAUUAUUGAAACCGAACAAAGCACAGGCUUACCCACCAGGAGCGCAACAAGGGCAAGCCAAAGGUUUCAUCUCGGUCUUUUCCCAGAUGCUCAAGAAUCCCGACGAAGACCUCAGCAGCGACGACCUUCCAGACCGCCGAUGGAUGCGCUCACAUGUCCAGCCCAAACGACGUGCACGAGAACCAGUUUGAGCAAAGCUAGACCCUAGAUUGAGAUGGCGAGCACGGCGAUGACGAUGCCGCCGCGGUGCGCCAUUGUGACGGGCGUCGCUCGCCGGCGUGGCAUCGGGAGGAGCAUCGUCGACUGCUUCCUCAACGAGGGCUACUGCGUUGUUGGGAGUGACAUCCAAGCGCUGGAAGAACAAGGGAGCUGCGUCACCAACAGCAGGUUUCACUUUGUUCGGGCCGAUGUGAGCGACGCAGCGCAAGCCAAAUCGAUUGUCCAGGCCAGCUUGGAGCGAUUUGGACACCACAUUCACGCCCUCGUCAACAACGCAGCCUUGACUCGUGGAGAGGAAGGACAAGAUGCCAUUCAAGCUUUCGACGCCAUGCUCCGUGUCAACCUGAACGGCCCCUUCUAUCUCUCGCACUACGCCAUCCCACACAUGCCCCGCGGCUGCUCCAGCAUCAUUCAUGUGUCGAGCACCCGAGCCCUCCAGAGCGAGGCUGACACCGUCGGCUACACCGCCUCCAAGGCUGGCCUCUGUGGAUUGACGCACUCGCAGGCUAUAACUUAUGCGGGACACGCCCGGGUGAAUGCCAUCCUCCCCGGGUGGAUCAACACCAGCGACGAGCACGAGCACGAGGUGGCGAUCCGCGAGGUGGACAAGCAGUGGCAUCCCGUGGGCCGCGUCGGCGAACCCGUGGAUGUGGCGCAGCUUUGCCUGUUUUUGUGUGACGAGAGCAAGUCGGGCUUCAUCACGGGCCAGCAGUUUGUGGUGGACGGGGGCACCACCGUCAAGAUGGUCUACCCGAGCUGAGAAUGUUCACACCACUUUGUUUACUUUUCCAUCUCAAGGGGAUGCACUGGUCGACGACGUGAUUAUUCUCUCACACUCACUUUCAUAACAUGAUAUCGGAGCGCACAGAUCUGAAGGAGGUAAUCUCCCAGAAAAGUCUGUACAGUCCGUGAGUGCUUGGCUUACUCUACUCCAACAUGGCAGGGAGCUGCAACAAGAUGGGGAAUUUGGGACGGUUUCAGCAGGGAGCUUCCCAGAUGUUGUUCCAAGGUAUGAUCUGGAACGUAGAGGACGUGGACAUGAGGCUGUCUUUCCACAACAGAUUCCUUCAAGCCUUCUUCAGCCUGGAGCGCUGAGUGGCAUUUCAUCGUCAAUGGAAGUAUAUAUCAGGUAAUCGUUACAAAGAAGCGCGCCUUGGUACUCGGGCAGGCACUGGACUUCCUGCGAGUUUACCACGGCAAAGGGGAACAAGUCGAGUUCUGCAUACUAGUACCUCACUUCAAUCUCGAUACCGUCAAUCUGGCUGAAAAGGGAAAGCGAAGUUCAUGCAAGGACAAAACAAAUAGAAUCAAGAAGCUGAACAUCAAGGUGAAGGUAGUCUCGUUGGACAUUGGGUGACGUUUGCUGCCCGGUUUUAGGGUUUGCAGGGACAGGCAUCAUUGCCAACGAUAUCAGUUUGCAUUACAAACACGGAUCUAACAUCUAAUCUUUGGGGACGUCGAUACACUACCACGGACAUCUCAGAUAGUGGAAAAGCAAUGUCAUCGAGUUCCAUGGCUCAUUCCAUCACCAUCUUCGCUCACGUGGCCUUGUUGGUUCAGAAGCAAGUCCACACCUGUAGCUACCAUGGAGGCAAUACUCGAACUGUUCAAAGCUCAAACAGUUUCGUGUGUUGACAUAGUGACUUUAACUUUUGCAUAAAUUUCAUAAACAUCUUUCUGCG